GAGAGAGAGAGAGGGCAGAUGCACGACAGCAUCAUCAUCAUCAUCAUCCUCCUCCUCCUCCUCCUCUCGUGCAAGUUCUGCAGCAGCUCGCAGUGGGGGAAUAGGGACUCGUCUAUUUUGGGCUGACGGAGAACAUGUUCACACCGAGGCUUUAAACAGGGGGAGUGAGUCCUGAAGACGCGCAGAGAGAGAGAGAGACAGAGAGAGAGAGAGAGAGAGGGGAACAACCAGCCAGGAUCCCGCACUCCCAUCACCGACGCGACGAGGGACACAGCGGACACGGAGCGGGGGGGAGACAUGUAUUGCAAGAGGCUGCCGGGACGUCGGGGGAAACUCGCGCUCUUCAUCCUCUGUCUCCAUCUGUGGCCCGGGCCCACGGCCGAGGCGAUGCACCCGGACUGCGCCAUCAUCUCGCAGCACCUGAGGGCUCGGGAGGUCUGCAGCCAGACGAGGAGGAGCGAGGCGCAGCAGAACCGGAGCGACCACCGCGGAUGUAAAACGAGGUGGGACGAGAUCGGAUGUUGGCUGCGAUCUGAAGUCGGACAGGUGGUCAACCUAUCCUGCUCCGAAGUUUUUCAACAUUUUUCCAGCAUUCAAGGGUAUGUUUACAGGAACUGCACAGUUCACGGCUGGUCAGAAAUGUAUCCACCCUACGAGGAGGCCUGUGUUUUCAGUGAUGACGGCGAGCCCGAGUCAGAGAAGAGUUACCUCUCGACGUUCCGACAGGUUUACACUGUGGGUUAUGCCACAUCACUCAUCACCCUCAUUACAGCGAUUGUGGUGCUUACGGCCUUCAGAAAGUUCCACUGCACCAGGAACUACAUCCACAUCAACCUGUUCUCCUCCUUUGUUCUGAGAGCCAGCGCCGUUUUCAUUAAAGACACGGUGCUGUUUGCUGAUGAGACGCUGGAUCACUGCUCAAUGUCCACGUCAGCGUGCAAGUCGGCCGUGGCUUUCUUCCAGUUCAGCAUCCUGGCCAAUUACUUCUGGUUGCUGGUGGAGGGCAUGUAUCUGCAGACCCUGCUCGCCCUGACCUUCGUCUCUCAGAGGAAAUACUUCUGGUGGUACAUCCUGAUUGGAUGGGGGCUUCCUUCAACAGUUCUCAUACUUUGGGUGUUGACAAGAUUCUUCUAUGAUGACAGAGGUUGCUGGGAUGACACAGACAAUGUUGGUAUUUGGUGGAUUAUUAAAGGACCAAUAACGGCCUCACUGCUGGUCAACAUAGUCAUAUUCGUCAACGUGAUCCGGACUCUGGUCCAAAAGCUGAAAUCAUCAGCCAUGGCUGGCAACAGCGACACUGGACAUUGUAUGAGGCUGGCUAAAUCCACCCUGUUCCUCAUCCCUCUGUUCGGAAUGCACUACACCGUAUUUGCCUUCCUGCCUGAGAACACGGGCGUAGCAGCCAGACUCUACAUCGAGCUGGGCCUGGGCUCCUUUCAGGGGUUUGUAGUGGCACUCCUUUACUGUUUCAUGAAUGGAGAGGUCCAGACAGAGCUGCGGAGGUGGCUGCUAAAGUGUCACACUCAAAGUCAUCUGACCCCAGCCAAAAGAAGUAUCACUCAGAUCACAAACCGAGCCCGCAGGGGGCUCGGGCGGCCUCCUUCUUGCGGCCACAUCUCCUCGGUAUGACUUUGGAGACUGUUCGUCACGAGCAAGAAAAGAAGUUGUUGUGAGAAUAUCGAGGGAAAGACUACAUCAAACACUGCUGGGGGGCUGGAGAAACGUGUCCGCAACAGUUGUCACCACAAGGACGGAUCCGCACAUGUCUCCAAACGGAAUAACAGUGGACUGUAAAACAAACAAAUUCCAAAAAAACAGGAACACUGGUGCUCGGUUCACAAGGAUGUGGAAAGAUGAGACCACAGGGGAAACGAUUUCACAUGAUUGUGUUUACAGUUUGGACGACAUGGGUACAACAUGAACAAAUGCUGCGGCGAUUAUAUCCAGACAGCUGGGGGAACAAUGCAUGUUUACGCUUGGCUAAAUUAUGUGAAAUGAACUUGACUCGUCUUAUUGUUAUCGGGGCAGUUAUGUUAUCAUAGUGCGGACUGAAAAUAUGCGUGGGACGCGUAGCUCCAGAGGAACUUGAGCAGAUUCAUGGUUGUAUGUGGCCGUGACGCUGCCAUUUGCUGGUACAACGUCUUAAAACACUUCUUACUUCCAGGAGUUGUCCGCUUCGAUGAGCCAUCGUUGAAGAAUGUAGCCUAUUUGUGAAUAUUUAUGGACAUAUUUUCAUUUUUUCCCCCUUUGUGGUGCAGUGGUUACCACUGUUGGCCCACAACAAAGGUUGUCAGGGUUCGAACCUGGUGGCCAGCCAGGGCCCCUCUCUGUGCGGAGUUUUGCCUUUGUGACAAGAAAUAGCAGCAGUUGUCGUCUCUUGUGUGUUUUAUUCGUUUCCUUUGUUCCUAGUCUGAACAUUUGCCGUUUAUGGAAACAGUAUUUGUUGAACGGAGAGACUUAUGCCGUGAUAUUGUAAACUAAUUCAAGGAAUAAUUGGACAUUUUGGGAACAUAUUGCAGAGGUCGACGAGCUGAUGAAUGAAUGGAUUGGAAGCUACAGCAGCUGGCUGGCUUAUCUCGCCAAAAGGUAACAGAAUUGGCUCAGCUCACCAAGUUUUAUGUGGUUUGUUAAAACCCUCACAUUGUGGUUUUAUCAGGGGUCAGAUACUUGCUUCUGGACUUUAAGCUACGCUGGAUGUAGCCUCAUCUUUACCAUAAAAACUUGAGCGUGGUGUUCAACAAUCUGACAUUCAAAAUUAGUGCACUUUCCCAAAAUGUCCAUUUUUUUUCUCUGAAAAACCAUAACCAAAUUCACUAUGACCAAAAUAAAAUGCACUUGUGUUUUUCUAGUGUGCCUCGGACGAUAUGGCGUGACGUAAAGUGCUGUCAAAAUAAAUGUAGUAGCCGCCUAUUUUGAUGGAAUCACCAGAAGACACCUCUUAGUUCUUUUUUCAUAGGGAUGCACUGGACCAGUAUCAUGGCUGAUAUUGCUUUUCUGUUGUGCUCUGUUCGUUUGCAGUCGCGUACGCAACAGGAAUAUGUACAACUACUGAUGAUACUUCACCAUAUUUAAUGAUUUCACAGCACAAUUUCAUGAACCUUUCACUUAUAGGAAAGAAAUAAUGAGCAGUUUCAGCCUCACGUUAACUUAGACAUACUGUAGAGGAAUCAUCCUAUUCAAUUCAACAUUAAGGAUUGGUACUCAAUAUAUUCCUCUUUGUGUUUGGUGCAUCCCUAGAUGUUUUUUUGUUUUUCAUAGACCAUGAAUAAUGCACUGUAGACUACCGUAACAUGAAGCACUCUGACCAACACCAUCUGUGCACAAUAUAUUUUGAUUUCGCACUUUAUUUUUACAUUAAACACACUGUAUUUUCAUUGUUCUUCUUGUGGAUCCAGUGAAGGUUGACGUGUCGUCUGCAGGGAAACGCAGAGUAAUAAAUGAGGCAUUUGUUGUUUGACAAAUGUUAACCGCUCUGUUUUUCGUGUUUGGAUUCCAUGCACAUAUUGUAAACUUCGCUUUCCAGUGACACUGAGAGAGAAAAUGCUCAGGAUAAAUCAUAAAAGAACGUUUUAUAUGUA